AUGAUCCGUCACGUUCUCUUGUCACUCGCUUUACAGUGCAUGGUCACCGGGACCAUUGCCAAUCCUGACACUCUUUCGCACAACUACGACGAGCGUGGCCUGUUUGGUGAUUCGGAAUAUGAUUAUGUGGUCGUAGGUGGCGGUACGGCUGGAAACACUAUCGCAACUCGACUGGCGCAGAAGAAUUACAAAGUCGCAGUGAUUGAGGCUGGAGGUUCAUAUGAACUCGAGUCGGUGGCCGAGGUGCCUGCUGCGGACGUGCUUCCAGUUGGGUCGGAUCCAGAAACAGCUGCUGCCCACGACUGGGGAUUUGUUGCAGAGAAUGUCCCCGGUGCGAAUGGCCGGUCCAUUCACUAUGCUCGGGGGAAAUGCUGGGGUGGAUCCUCUGCAAUGAACUUCAUGAUUUAUCAACGGCCAACCAUCGAGUCCAUGGAGCAAUGGGCCACGGCUGUCAACGAUAGCAGCUACACCUUCGACCAGACACUGCCCUUCUAUAAGAACAGCGUGAAAUUCACUCCCCCCAACACUCAAAUCAGGGCCAAGAAUGCCACUGCUGGCUAUGAUCCCAGUGCAUAUGAAUCCACUGGUGGUCCGCUGAAAGUGUCGUACGCGAACUACGCGAUGCCCUUCUCGACGUGGAUGGACCUCGGCAUGAAAGCCAUUGGCAUUAACGAGACGCAGGACUUCAACCUGGGCUCACUGAUGGGCGGCCAGUACUGCGCAUCAACCAUCGACCCCAACGGCGAGGUCCGGAGUAGUUCUGAGGAGUCAUUCCUGGCGAACAAACCAUCGACACUGACCACGUACGCAAACACCCUCGCCAAGAAGAUUAUCUUCAACAACCAGAAACAGGCGACCGGCGUGCAAGUCAAGGGCUCCGCGGGCAACAUCUACACCAUUAAAGCUAACCGCGAAGUUAUCGUUUCCGCGGGUGCCUUCCAGUCUCCCCAGCUGCUCAUGGUGUCUGGAGUUGGUCCCCAAGACCAGCUCGAGGAACACGGUAUUCAGGUCGUGGCGAACCGUCCGGGCGUGGGUCAGAACAUGUGGGAUCAUCCGUUCUUUGCGCCUUCGUAUCGCGUCAACGUGCAGACCUUCACCGCGAUCGCCAACGACUUUCUAGGUAUCGUCGGCCAGUUCAUCAACAUGGUCGGCUUCGGCAACGGCCCUCUAACCAACCCGAUUUCGGAUUACCUGGCCUGGGAGAAGAUCCCGGCGGCUCUGCGUAGUGCAUUCAGCAGCCAGACCACCAAGCAACUGGCUACCUUUCCCAGUGACUGGCCUGAAGCGGAGUACAUCUCCGGUGCCGGAUACAUGGGCAACGUGUCCAACCUGCUCAUCAACCAGCCCGAAGACGGCUACCAGUACGCCUCUAUGCUGGCGGUGCUCAUCACCCCGACCUCUCGCGGCAACAUCACACUCCGUUCAGCUGACACCGACGACCUCCCCGUCAUCAACCCCAACUGGCUCGCCACUCAAUCCGACCAGGAGGUCGCCAUCGCCAUGUUUAAGCGUGUUCGCGCGGCAUUCCAGAGCAAGGCCAUGGCGCCAGUCAUCAUUGGCAAUGAGUACAACCCUGGUCUGGAGGUACAGUCGGACGAGCAGAUCCUCCAGUGGAUCAAGGAUAAUGUCAUGACGCUGUGGCAUGCUGCUUGCACGUGCAAGAUGGGCACGUCCGAUGAUGAGAUGGCGGUGGUGGAUAGUCAGGCUCGGGUGUAUGGAGUCCAAGGUGUGAGAGUCGUGGAUGCAUCUGCCUUCCCGUUCUUGCCGCCGGGACAUCCUCAGUCUACUGUUUAUAUGCUUGCGGAGAAGAUUGCCAACGAGAUUAUCAACGGGGCGUGA